CUGAACUGUAACAUUUGCCCCGCCCACUCUGUUGACACGCGUGUUACCUGUUUGCAGCAUGGCUUCUUCGGCUAAGAGGAGAGCAGUAGGUUUGGGUGAAAAUCCCGAGGAAAGUGACAACAGCUCCAUUGAGAAUCCGGAGGAGGAUGACGAUUCCGGGGAGGAGGACAGUGAGGCGUCAGAGGAAGAGAUCAAUGAGGAGGUCGUUGUGGACUUCGAAGCCCACACCAUUUCAGGCAACGACUUCAAUGGCAUCAAGAAGCUAUUGCAACAGCUCUUCCUGAAGGCUCAUGUAAAUACAUCAGAGAUGACAGACAUUAUAAUUCAACAGAAUCAUGUUGGGAGUGUCAUCAAGCAAGCUGAGGUACCAGAGGACAGUGAUGAUGACGACCCAGAUGAAGUGUUUGGGUUCAUCACCAUGCUCAACCUAACAGAGAGAAAGGGUGUGCAGUGUGUGGAGGAAGUGAAGGAGCUGAUCGUGGAUCAGUGUGAGAAGAACUCCACCCAUGCCGUGACAGAGCAGCUAGAGCAGAUCCUGAAUGACACCAGCAAGCCUGUGGGGCUGCUGCUGAGCGAGCGCUUCAUCAAUGUACCUCCACAGAUUGCGCUCCCACUGCACAAACAGCUUCAGGAAGAAAUAGCUGAAGCUCAAAGGACAAAUAAGCCCAGUGGGAGGUGUCACUACUGUCUGAUGAUCAGCAAGACCUGCAAGGAGGCAACCAAAAGUAUCCCAGCCAGAGGAGGAGCUCCCAAAGAGGAAUACAUGUUUGUCAAUGCAGAGGAGGAAUUCUUCUAUGAGCAAGCCAUCAUGAAGUUCCACUACUCAGUCCAAGAAGAGGCAGACUCCUGUUUGAGUGGGAGGUGGUCAUUCAACGACGUCCCCAUGAAGCCUUUCAGGACAGUGAUGCUGAUACCAGCAGACAAAAUGCCCGCCAUCAUGGACAAACUCAAAGAAUACCUAACUGUGUGAACCUCAACAAUAAAACCAAGACACCUAUGUAUGUACUGAGGACUUUCAGGGUCAUGGAAGUGGUUCACUGUUCUUCUAAGACUAGAAGAAAUGUUUUGGUAUCAUCAGCUACAGUAGUGCCAGUACUGUAAUCCUGACAGUUAGUAAAUGUUGCAUAGUUAUGCUCUUUUUUUUUUUCAGCAAUUGUAAAUACAGUUUUUACAAACUCCUGGUUCGUUUAAGAAACAAUGCAAAAGGAAAUCACCACAUAUCCUGUUUCUGCUACAGAAAUAUACAACGGUUAUAUGAAAAGAAGUACAGAGCAAAGUCACCUUUUUUUUUUUUUUAACAAAGACUUCUUUUUAUAACAAGAUAAUGAACCAUGACAAUUAAAGAUGAUUAAGCUUUAGUGUUAAUGACAGCAGCUGAAACCGGCGAGUUUGAAAUCUAGUCUCAGCAGAUGGAAGAGGAAGGGAUGUGUCAUUUGCCAUUAAAUCAAAUUAGUGCAUAGUAAAGCUUUAUAGAUUUAUCAAAAUGAUAACAGUUCCAGAUUUUCCUAAAUGGCAUAACUUGGUAGAGAGCCAGUUUUAACCAGUUAAAUCAAAUGUAGAGGGUUUUUUGUAUUGGAGUGCCAUUCCACCAACAGGUUUUUAAAUUAAGUAUUUCUAUAAAGCUCGACACCGAUUAUUAAUAAAUGUGUCUUGACAGUCA